GUAUUUGCUCCAAAAAAUUUGCGUUAAUUUGCAAAUUGAGUGAAACAAUUUUUAAACGCUUGUAUCCGGCGCCCAGAAAUCAUCAGCAAGCGACCGACAGCGCAAACAUCUAACAGACAGCCAGUCAAUAACAGCAGCUCCACGAACAUUAUCCGUGGAAAUCUAAUCCACAUAUGGAAAUCAGCGAGGAGAUCCUGGCAUCUUCAACGGAGGUAAUGGGUAUUUCCAAAGGCGAUUAGGCGGUAUGUUCGGUCUUCCAGCCCCAGUACCAGAUGGUUGAGAGAGGGGAGAGCAGUCAGAGAGUCAUCACAUGGUUUGGGGGGAGUGGAUCCACAGCGGCACAGUACCCUUGAGGCAACAUCUGGAGCGAGAUAAGCCGCUGGCAAAGUUCCUCGUAAAUGCGAUAGAAAAUACAAAUCUUCUGUGCUAAUGAACCUGCAAGGGACCCUCGCGUCGAACUUCAUCGGAAUUCAGGCUCAUCAUCAAUUGAAUAUUUUUAAAUUGUUAUCAAUUCCGAGGAAAAUUGAGCUUCAUCGCAUGAUGGGAGGCUGCCUUUAAAAGAGCUACUAGUGCGGCCUCAAAUAUCAGUUUACUCCAAGUCUCCACGAGGAAGCAAAGUCAAAAAUGUCCCCUUUAGUCCGCCUAAGUUGCGUUUUGGCUCUUCUGGUGUGCCUCACAGGCACCAUCAGUGCUGGUCCGAUAGACGAUGAUCGUGCCCGCCUGAACCAACUCCUGAGGAAUGCAGAACCUGCGGAUGAUGCCCAGCUGCUGGCGAAUAUCCAAACGGCUAUUGCGCUGUACAAGGAAUGUGUUCAUUGCGCAGCAGAUGAACAUCAGGUGGACGACGAUUUGGAUCGGGAAGUCAAGAAAUUUGAAGAUGAGAACAGGACGGUGGAGGGUUUGCCUGCUCAGGGGGGAUUUUGGUCAUGCAUUAGUGCGGCGGCAGAUAGUGUACCCGAUGAAGUCAAGGAUCAGGCUAAGGAACUUGCAAAAACAUCUGCCAAGGCUCUAUUCAGCAAACUGGUCGAUUACCUUAAGAAAAUGCUAAACUAAUGUAGUGGCAGUGUCAAUUUCUAAGAAUUACAAGAAAUUAUUUUGGAAAA